AUGUCGGAUCAACAAUACGAUGAAAAUUUCGUUGAAGAAUCAAAUUAUUCAAGUGGAGGAGAAGAAGAAUCUAUCAGAACCUCUUAUGACCCUAUUAAAAUGACCCCACAAUAUCACAUACAAAAAGCCGAUACUGCUUUACAAAAUUUAAAAAACGUGGUGAGUGAACCAGGAUGGAAAAAAGAGUUCCAACAUAAGAAUGGUGUGGUGGUUUAUAAUAAACCUGGAAUCUCGAAAGGUGAUAAAUUACCGGUCUUUAUGGGUGAACAUGUAAUUGAUGGGUACACUCCGCAAUCUGUUUUCGCCGUUAUUAGUAUGAGAAAACUUUGGGAUGAUUGGUAUGAGGAGGGAAGUCUCGUUGAAAAUUUAAACGAAACAACAAGUUUAACUUACAUGGUUAUGCAAGCAUUGGCCGGUUCCAAAACUAGAGAUUUAUCCUUGGUGGAAAGGAUUGAAUGCACCGAAGAAGGAGCGAUCUAUUUUGUGACUACCUCGGUUGAGACCUCAAAAGUCCCAAUCAUCGCUAAUAGGAUCCGGGCUCACAUUCAACUUAAUGGGUGGAUUCUCGAACCUUUGACUUACGAUCCACCAAAGACAAAACUUACUUAUGUUCUUCAAACCAAAAUUAAAGGAUGGGUUCCGUCAAUCCUUGCAAAGACUGUUUUGUCAAGACGUCCCCUUGUGAUGAAUACUAUUGAUCAAUAUUUGAAAAAGAAUGGUCCUCCCCCAAUAAUAAUUGAAUCCACCCCUCCAGUAUCUGCUCAUGAAGUUUCUCCUAACGUUGUAAAUGAUAAUCGUAAUUCGGAAGAUGCGGAAGUUAAAGUUGCGAGGAAGAAAAUCUCAUUUACGGUUAUACGUGAUGUUUCCGAGAAACUAAGUUCAACUAAACAACAUGAAAACUCGAUUUCCACUAGAGAAAUUCCAAAUGGUUCCUUGUCUCAUCAGGACGAUUCACAUUCGCCUAAAAGUCCUCCAUCAUCAGAUGUUCCACAAUCUUCUUCAUCAACAACUCAAUCCUCGCUUAUUGAACAAGAUUUUUCAACGACGGCACAAUCAUCGUCUAUUCAACAAGAUUCUUCGACAAAGUCACAAUCAUCGUCUAUUCAACAAGAUUCUUCGACAAAGUCACAAUCAUCGUCUAUUCAACAAGAUUCUUCGACAAAGUCACAAUCAUC